UAAAUUCAUAUGCGGAUUUGUUAUCCCAGAAAGCACUUUUAUGUAACUCUCAAUAGUCUAUGAUUCAUAAAUGACUUCUCUUUUGUAAAUAACGAUUUCUAAUGUCCAAAACUAUGAAUAAAUAACGGUUGUUGUGAGUUGUGACCAUUGAAAUCAAUAAAAAGUAUGUUCAGCAAAACGUAUUAAUAACAAACAUAGCUCGAGAAUAUGCAGCUUUCAUAAGUUUCAAAAAAUAUAUGCAAUUUUCAUUAAGGCUGAACAUAAUACUCAUACUCGCUCUCGCUCCAUUUCCGUUUUGUUUUUUUCAAGUACUCGUCAUUGCUAAAUCGAGUAUCAAAUAGUACAAUUUUGAUACUUGCAAAUAUAAGACAAAUAACAAAUAUAUAAAAAAAAACUAUUACCCGGUUUGUAUUACUCGUUACUUUUAUAUAGAAAACAUUUUUGUUAUUAUGAAAAGCAAAAAGUACUCUUAUAUUGAAAUAUUCUUGUUUUUCAUCAUCUUUUAGAAUAUGCACAAAUAUUUAAAUUAGAAUAUUUCCCAUAAUUUUUUCUUGCAUAAUAGACAAAACAAACUUUCAUGUCUAUUUCUAUUAGAGUAUUAUUUAGUAUGUAAUUUUUAAAUACUCGUAAAUAUUUACAAAUAACUAAAAAGUACUCUCAAGUAAGAAGUAAUAUAGUAAGGCAAAUAAUUUGCAAGUAAUCAUUUUUGAGAAAGUGCUCAAAAUAACAAAUACUCAUUUUUAGCAAGUUUAGUAUAAGUCCAAAUUUCUAUUACUCGUACAAAAAAACUCGGGUAAACGACCUAUUUCCACACACAAAGUAUCAUAUAGCACCAGUUCCACACAAUCUUUCAAGCGCGUCUUAGGUGCACACAAUUUAACUAUCGCAACCUAUUUCUCCCCAUUUCGAAAGUUCGAAACACGAAUCCACACAGACGAAGAUUGGGCUUGGUUCUCAUGGUUAAUGUGUGGUUUACUAUUCGUUGAGUUAAUAUAAACCAAUGGCCAACAUAAUUAACCUGAAACGACCCGAUUAGAGAGAGUUAACCGGUUUUACAUGACUUAAUGAUCCGAACUAUUAACCCAACCCUAACACGUGUUUCUAAACCCGUAAAUUAAAAACCCUAAAUUCCCAAUUCCAAAUCCUCUCACUUGCGACAAUCUACAACCUGAUAGAAUCAUCCAAGUCUUCACUUCGCCGGUGGUAUUUUUCGUCGACAUAUACACCUAAGGUGAUUUCGACAACUCCUCUUGUUCCUAUUUAUCUCUGUGAUAAUGAUUUGUAAUUGUGUUCAUCAAAUUUGCAGAAAUCAACUAUGGCUUCGAAUCAGUGGAACGAUGUGCCUAUUGAUUGGGAUACCGUGCCAGAAUUCGACCCUUCAAAUCCCGAUUCUGUUCCUCCUGAUAUUGACUCUGAUGGUGAAGAUCGCAGAGAGCGUAACGAUUACAACAUAGAGAAAGAUGUUUUUGACUUUGUCGAUGAAGGUUCAGUCAGGCAUAAUGUAUAUCCUGAAACAGAUGAAGAUGAAGAUGGAGAAGAAAUCCAACGGACAGUGGACAAACGCAGCCAUAUUAAGAGAGGAAGUGGAAAUUUGUAUGAAGGCCAAGUUUUCAUCAAUGGAAUUGCGUUUAAGGAAGCUGUGCUUGAUUAUGCUCUGAGUACAGGUCUGAACAUCAAGCAAAAUCGUUAUGACAAAACGAAACUUGAGUUUGUCUGUGAUGGGAAAGGUUGUUCUUGGCGCAUCUACUGCUCAACCUCGAUUAAGUCUCCUAACAAAUGGCAAGUGAAGAUCAUGAAGAAAGCUCAUACCUGUGUCCCUACAGGCACUUGUGAGAUGUUAAAAGUUCCUGUAAUAGCUCGUUUGUUUGUUGACAAGAUCCGAGAAGAACCCGAGUACUUUAUGCCUAUGAAGAUAGAGGAGUUGAUUAUGGAAAAAUGGAAACUUACAGUGACAAGGCCUCAGUGUCAACAUGCUAGGAACAAAGCUAUCAGGUGGAUUGAAAGAGAGUAUGAUGAGCAGUUCGGACGCCUCCGUGAUUACUGCAGUGAGAUAAUGGUCUCGAACGAGAACUCUUCUGUUGAGCUAGAUUGCGUGAGAAAUGAGGAUGGUAUAGAUGUCUAUGACUUUGUCUCUCGUAUUUGGUCUCUCUCGAAUGUGGUCCUCUUUUGUUGUUUCUAUGAAUGUUUCAGAGUUCUCAGAUAAUUUUAGUGGCUUAAAACCUCUUUUGAUGUGUAUAUUUUAGUGGCUUUUACAACCUGUACAAUCACACUUAACAAACACAACGAAAACAAAAGUCACAUUUAAGCAUUUUGGACCUUGUUCCACGGCAUUAUCACAUUGAUAAGACAUUAAACAACUAAAAUAGCUAGAAAUAACAUACUUUGUCUUAACAACAACAUAACACAACGAUUAUCAAACUUAAGCUAAACAAGCUUAGACAGCACAAGCAUGGUCAAUGUUCCUAAAAGAACAAUCCCCAUCAUUUUUUUGACUUCCCAUUUGACUUCAUUAACGACCUCUUCCACUCUUGCAAAAACCUCAGUCUCUAACUUCAUUUCAAGCUCUGCAAGCUUCUUCCUCCCUUCUUCCACACUCUCAGCAAGAAUGGUAUCUUCUAGUCUGCUUAUCCUACAUGUCAAUGCUUCAAUCUCAUCCACAAAUGCUUCAUCAACCCACUUAUACGUGUGAUUAUCAUUACUCAGCUACAAACACACACAUUUCGAUUAACUCACACAGUAAGAAUAAUGACAUUCAUAUUUAAAAAAACUCACAUUUCUCUCAACCGCAAAAGCACACCGAUUAACUCACACAUGAAGAACAAUGACAUUCAUAUUAAAAAAAACUCACCUUUCUCUCAACCGCAAAAGCACACCGAUAGUAUCUCCGGUACGGAUUCGCGGCGGACUUGGACAUCAACGACACAACCAAUUCUCCACACCAGCAUCUCUUGGGCACACCAACGACCCUACCUCUUACUCGAGCUACAGAGGUUCCAGACGAAUUUCCAGAUUCAUUGCUCAUACUUUCUGGGUUUUUUCUCUUAUCUCUCUCUCUCUCUCUUUCUCUUAUGUCUCUGGAUUUUAAGAAUUAGGGUUCUUACGGGAUAAAACGAUUUGGAGAUUUUUAGUAGGAUUCGGGUCGGGUUUUAUUUGGUUCGUCGUUGGAUCUAUGUUUGGUUCGGGUUGUACCAAUAUAAACCGAUACGAUCAGGUUUAAUAUCGGUUAAUGUUAUAAACCAAGCCCAAUCUUCGUCUGUGUGGAUUCGUGUUUCGAACUUUCGAAAUGGGGGGAAAUAGGUUGCGAUAGUUAAAUUGUGUGCACCUAAGACGCGCUUGAAAGAUUGUGUGGAACUGGUGCUAUAUGAUACUUUGUGUGUGGAAAUAGGUCGUUUACCCAAAAAACUCAAAACUCAAAUAUAUCGGAAAUGGAAAGUAUCCGACUUGUGCCGAGCCCUAGUUUUCAUGCAUGUCUAAAGAGCAAUUCCUAAAGAGUGUUUUUAGGCAAACGAGAUAAACUUUAUAAAAGUUUGUAUUUCCUUUCUCAGUGUGAAAAAAAAACUAAAAAUUAAUUAUCAUGAAAAAAUGCAACAUUGACUUCACCUUGUUUAAUUAUCGAUCAUAACUAUGUGGGGUGCGUGGACAGUCAUAUCAGGCUCCGAAUGGUAACGUGCAGGACAACUGCGGAAUAAGUUUGGUACAGUUCAAAUAGUAACAAAAAUGUAUAAAUAUAUAGGUAUAUGUUUUUGUUACUAUUGAUGGCGGUGCGGUUGAUUACCAUUCGGAGCCUGAUUAUACAUGUCCCAUGGGUUUAUGUAUUUGUCUUGAGGCGGAACUUUGAGUUAUAAAAGAGUAAGUGAAGGCAUUAGAGCUCAUAAAAACGCGAUCGAUUCCCGUAUCUGGACCUUACGUUCCCUCUCGUCUCUUGUAACUAGAGUUAUAUUCUUAUAAUCUUUAUAUUGUUUGUGGGGGAAAAUGCAACCAAUUUUUUCUAGAAAGUACGUCCACUAUGCCCAAGUGACAUUGUUCUUUUGUGAAUUUAGCUUUGGUCAUUUAUAAAUUAAAAAAAAUUGAGUUUAAUUUAUACCUGAAACUAUUACACUACAACUGGUCAAAAGAAAGUAUACAGUAUAAUGACAUUUAAAACAUUGGUGCUUGAUUGUGACAAAAAAAAAACAUUGGUGCUUGGAAACGCAGUAAUACAUCUGCCACUCAAAAAAAUAACAUAUUGUGGUAUAUAUAUAGAAUGAAAAUAUCUAUAAUAUAAUAAUAAUAAUAUAAUAAUAAUAAUAAUAUAAUAAUAAUAAUAAUAUAUUAAAAGGGUUAUAUGAGGAGCAGAGAGGCUGUCCACGUCAGCUUGAAAAAUCGUCCAAUAAGAGAGUUUGGUUUUGCCAUGUCACCAUCGCUUUUGACUAAAGAAAGUGAAACCGGGUUUUCGCGUGGGCUUUCAAAUUACGUUUAUGUUGUGUUAAGAUGACGAGGCCCAAUCUCUCUUUUGAACAAAAACCCUAACAACCUAUCUUCUCUUUCGGUGGUUGGCUUUUCGGUUCACCUAUGUUCCCCGGCUCUUGGUAACGCUUUUCUUCGAUAUCAUCACGAUUCUACAUUAACUAUCUCACUGAAGCUCUCCCACGACGUUGAACCCCUUUCCUAACUUCCAUCGCGAAACCGUAAUUUGUUCCGUUCCACAAACUUAGAAUCUCCCAACUUCACAUGAUUCGACCCUUCUGCUUCCUCACAAAUACAACCUGCAACAAUGGUUCCAUCCCAUAUUUUUAUUACAGAUUUGGAUCCCGUUCGUUGUUCUCAGGCGGUAGUAACACGUCUUCUGCGGCUCUGUGUAGCUUAGAAUGUGAAGCAAAGGAGGAGGAGCUUAUGGGAAUUGACAUGCUUCUGCUUAAUGAGAAGGUCUCUUGCAAGCUUCUAUCAACUUGCAUCACCUUAACACUUUUAAACACCUUCUGAAAGAAGGCGUCACUUAAGAGAUCAGUGGUUUUGAUGUUACACGAGUAACACCCACUUCAAGCUAUCAGAAUCCCCUUGGUCGUUCGCUUGAAAAAUCUAACGAAGUUUGUUGAAAUCACAACUCCUCCUACUGCAAUACCUCUUGAGCUCUUUUUGGUUCAAUGACUACGGACAUCUCAUUGCGUUACCAAAUACUACCCUCAGUUGCCAGGUCAAUCAGUUUACUUUCAUUAGCAUACAAGGUUUAACGAACUCAACCACUUGCUUCGUAGGCGUCUUAAGGUUUGUUGGUGUGAUCAAGUCUACCUUCAGUGACCAUGAGCAGAGUGCUCAAUGCAUUAUGGUUGACCUCCAGGGUGACAGUUACGAAUCCUAUUUCCUUUACACUGUUUUUUUCUUUUUAUUCCAUCCAUUUGUUUUAAAUCUGCAUCUACACUUCAAUACAGCUCGACAAUUAUGCGUCUAAGUGUUUUUGACGCACAAUCCAACCAACUUCACCAAACGUUGAUCACCAUAUUUGUUCUUACCCAACGGUUACAUUUUCAACUUUUAUGUAUCGUGUGGAAAUGACAUCACAGAUGUCACAGAGUUGGCUGUGUUUGAUGCAGAAAUGUCUAAGUUGACUAAUGUGCAUGCAGCGGAAGUGGGUGACAUUAUGGUAUGUCUCCAGAUACCCUCAUUUAAAAAAAUAAAAGUAGGUGUACAUAGUAUUUGUUAUUCAGCAGGGUGCAGGUGUGGGAGGCCCACUCGAAGCUGAGAUCCCUCCAUUUACCAAGAAAUUGUUGGGAAAACAUUCAAUCUAAAGCUUACUGAUAUUCCUGGUUCACAUGCGUCUCCUGCAAAUGCUCUAAUGGACAAAGGUUAAGUGGUGAUGAGCCGAGCAACGAAAUGGAUGGAAUCCCCUCAAACCAGACACGACACCCCAUCCGUUAGAACAGCAACAGCUGCACAGCACCACUGUGAGGGGAGUAAUCCAGGGGAAGACCAGGUUCAACCGAUAUAAAUUAUUAUAGGACGUGUUGAUUUCAUUUGUAUACUAUUUCUCUGGAGCUUAAUUAUAAUGUUGUUUCUCUUUUCCAAGAAAUAAAAAUAUGGUCUGCUCGACCAGGUUUUAAACAUCA